ACGUGAACCUCUAAUACUAAGGGUAUAAGACUACUCUUGUUUUUUUAUAGCACUAAUCUGCUGAAAUAUUAAUAUAAAUACUAUACUACUAAGCACACAGGAGGAUAGAUAGUCAGGAGAGAAAUGUCAUACUGAAGAAGACAGGAAUUUAUGGAUUGUGUCCCAAAUCUCUCUGUUUGGUUCUGUUACCACAUCUAUUAUUCUUCUUAAAAACUAGCCUGUUAAACAAACCAGAAUAUGUUUUAUAUUUCAGAUUCUUCAAAGCCUUUUGUUUUGCACACUCUUGGCAUUCUCUCAGUCAGCUUCAUGAGGUAGUCACCUGGUAUAGUUUCCAACAGUCUUGAAGGAGUCCCCAGUGGUGCUGAGCACUUGUUUGCUUUGCCUUCACUCUGUGGUCCAACUCAUCCCAAACCAUCUCAUGUGGGUUAAGGUCAGGUGACUGUGGAGGCCAGGUCAUCUAUGCAUCACCCUCCUUCUUGAUCAAAUAGCUCUUACAUAGCAUGGAGGUGUGUUUAGGGUCAUUGUAGUGUUGAAAAACAAAUGAAGCACUAAGUGCCACCAGAUGGGAUGGCAUGUUGCUGCAGAAUGCUGUGGUAGCCAUGCUGGUUAAGUAUGCCUUGAAUUUUGAAUAAAUCACCAACGGUGUCACCAGCAAAGCACCUCCACAUCGUCACACCUUCUCCUCCAUGCUUCUUGGUGGGAACCACACAUGUAGAAACCAUCUGCUCACCUUUUAUGUAUCUCACAAAGACAUGGCAAGUGGAACCAAAAAUCUCAAAUUUGGACUCAUCAGACCAAAGUACAGAUUUCCACUGGUCUAAUGUCCAUUCCUUGUCCUCUCUUCUUCUUGUUCUUCCUCAGUGGCUUCUUUUCUAGCAGUUCGAUCUUGAAAGCCUGAUUCACACAUUCUUAUGAAUAGUUGAUGUUGAGAUGUGUUGAGAUGUGAAACAUUUAUGUGGGCUCUAAUCUGAGGUGCUGUUAAUUUACAGUUUCUGAGGCCAGUAACUCCAAUGAGCUUGACCUCUGCAGCAGAGGUAACUCUUGGUCUUCCUUUCCGAAGGCGGUCCUCAUGAGAGCCAAUUUCAUCAUCAUCAUUUUUGCAACUGCACUUGAGGAUAUAUUCAAAGUUCUUUAAAUAUUCUAAAUUAAUAAUAUUUAAUAUUCUAAAUAUUAAAUAUUAUAAUGUUUAUAUAUGAAACAUAUUGUGGUUUGUUUAGCACUUUUUUGUUUACUUCAUAAUUCCACAUGUGUUCCUUCACAGUUCUGGUAUAAAUCUUCAAUAUUAAUCUACAGUGUAUUUGUGUGUCCUAAUAUAUGUUUCCCAUUGGCCUCUACCUUCUGUGGCCUAAAUGCUCCCUUUUUGUUGCAGUGCCACCUACUGUUUUAUUGAACAUACCGCAAGAGGAAAAAUAUAAGAUUAAGAUAGACUUUAUUUAUCCCACUUGCAGGAAAUUCACAUGUUACAGCAGCAAGAAACAAGGCUGACCAAAAUAGGAAAAUAGAAAAAUAAAAAUAUAUAUAGAAAGGCACAGAAGUAACAAAGUGACAAAGUUAAAGUGCAGCAAUUAGCAUUUGGAAAAAAACAAGUAUAUUACAUAGGUCUCUGUUAUAAUGGGCAAAAGUUUGAACACGUUUUAAAGGGAAAUGCAUAUACUGCUAGUCUUAGCUUAAGAGAUACCCAGUCACUGGAACUGAGACAAGAUGUCAGCCUAUGAUUAUCUGGAGUGUUGUAGAAAACAAUGAUAGUGUUACUAAAAUGCAACACACAGCAUCAAUGGGUAGCAUUGAAAUAAUUCAGAAUAAUUCAGAAUAAACUGCAUAUCUUUUACAUGUUUCUUUAAGAAAAACUACAUAAGCAAGGUAAAAUCAAUACUGGUGACAAUUAAUUAUUUUUAUAUGCCCUGUGUUAAGUCUAGCAUAUAUAAUGUAAUGUGAAUAUAAUAUACUUUUAACUAAGAUUUUUGAAGUGGGUGGCAUGGUUGUGCAGUGGUUAGCACUGUCACCUCACAGCAAGAAGGUUCCUCUCACAGUCCAAAGACAUGCACAUUAGGUAAAUUGGUGACUCUAAAUUGCCCAUAGGCAUGAAUGUGAGUGUGAGUGGUUGUUUGUCUAUAUGUGUUGGCCCUGCGAUUGACUGGCGAUCUGCCCAGGGUGUACACCGCCUCUAUUAAAAAAUAGACACAUGGUCAUCAUCAUUGCUUGAAGAUUCAAAUCCAGUUAUUUGCCUGAGGCCUUGUUUCCCCGUCCAAGCACGGACACUGGAUAGUUUUGAAUGAAGAAGAUUUGAAUUAAUCCCUCAGAGGCAAAGGAACAGAGCUUUUCACUCCAUCACACAUGACAGGAUUUGGGUCCACUUUGUUUUUUUCAAUCUUUUUUUCCAACUUGUUUUCCUCAUCAUUUGUUUUAAGUGCAUGUGCCGACAUAUUAAGUGAACUGAACCCAAGCUAACACUGGGUUUUUUGUUUAUAUUUAACUACUAAGAGUAAAUUAGAUCCACUGGUUUCUGGUCUUCCCUUGUACAAACAUUUUGUGAAAAGAAGAGAUCAAACAGGUGUGUUCAUUCAAAUACUUUGGACUUAGACCUAGGUUGUAUGGAGUAAAUUCAGAGAUCAUAUUGAUGUUUUACAAUGCUGUGCUGGCAAGUAUUAUUAGGUAUGGCUUGGUAUUGUGGUAUGGCAUCCUCACAGUUCAGCUAAAAGCAAAAAUCACAAACAUGAUCAAAAUCAUAAAAAAGAAUACCCAUCCCUUCUGAGCACUUAUGAAUUAGUGGGCAUCAGACAGACACACAGGAUUCUGAAAGAACCAACACAUAUUUUACACUAAGUAUCUAAUAUCUAUUGUAAUAUCUACCUUCAGGGAAACAUUUAUAGAAUGAAAGCUUUCUUUUGUCCCCAUAUCCAUAGAACUAUUCAACAAACAGCCAGCUCAGUUCUUGUAGCUGUAGAGCCACGCAGUCUACAACACUGAAGUUCAACAUAUGUCUUAAUUAAUCAAUUACUAUUCUUUAUGACCUACUUAACCUUAAACUGUUGGUGUAAGUUUUUACUUCUUCAUAUUAAGAAUGUGCAAUUACUCCAUUGUUAGGUAGGUGCAAUCUAACAUCAUAAGAGGUGUCAUCUCCCUGCUCUUCAAGUUUUAGGGUAAGUGCAAUUAUUUUAUUAUAAGGCAGGUGGAAUCUCUCUCACUGUAGGGAGGCAACUCAUUGUUGUUUUUAUUAUUUAAACAACACGGAGGAGCAAUUCUCCUUUGUGCAAUCUCUGCUGUGUCCAAGGGGUCGAGACAUUUUACUGUACUCAAGGUACAAAUGUGUUUUAAUCAUGAGAGACAUCAUGAAAGAAAAAGACAAAGGUAUGAACUGUUUGGAAAUGGUGGACAUGUUCUGUCAUCAUCUGCAGCUAAUAUAGUGAUGAUAGUUUUAAGUGACUACAAUGAUAGAGGCUGAUAUAUCAUUAUAAUGAAAUCAAAAAUUGCUGGCAUGACUAGCUUUAUCUGGACUGUAACAGCAGGUGUGGAAAGGUGUUACUGGUCAGCUGGAUCUGGUGAGGUGUGGCUAGGUGGGAGUGACCAGGUAUGCAGUUCUUAUGAGAGCAGAGUGACAGCUGCAAAUGGACACAUCAUUGAUUUGACGUGAACACAGGACCAGUCAUGGGGAACAAGAGCAGCCCUGAGCUCACACUCUCCUUCCUACUCAUCACUGCUCUUUGCUUAGAGGCAGUUCACAUACGAAGUAGGCCUUACAAGUCAAUAGAUAAGAUGAACUGGACAGAGGCGAGACUGUACUGUCAGAGCCACUACGUUGACUUAGCUACUUGGAAUACAGUGAAGAAAGGUGCACUGGCUGAGUAUUUCACUGAACAUGGCGUCAGCCAAGUGUGGAUUGGCCUACAUAGAGAUCCUGAGAAAGAUUCAGUCUGGAAGUGGAUAAAUAUAAAAACUGGAGAAGGAGUUUCAGGAGACGACCUCUCACAUAGCAGUGACUGGGCCGAUAAACAUCCGAAGAGUCACUGUGCAGUUAUAGGAGAUGAUCAAAUGUGGCACAGUACUCACUGUUCAAAGAAAAAUUAUGUUUACUGUUCAGAAGGGGACCGUAUUACUUAUCACAAAGUUGAUCUUACCUGGUACGGGGCCUCUCAGUACUGUCAGGAUAUGAAUGGUAACCUCACCACAAUCACUAAAACAAUCACAAGUUAUUUUGAGUCUAGUGGCUGGAUUGGACUUUACCGACAGGCUGGUCACACCUGGAGCUGGAUCGGCAAUUUGUCAUUUAAUUACAGUGACUGGGCACCAGGAGAGCCAGUCACUGAAGACUGUGGCUUAUUUGAUCCAGUUACUGAAGAGUGGUACAGCACAGCGUGCUCCGAAGAGCUUCAACCUCUCUGCUUUAAAGACAACCUGAUGGUGGUGAAUGAGAACAAGACAUGGGAGGAGGCCCUGAGUUACUGCAGGAACAUGACAACAUCAGACUUCAACUAUGACAUCCUGAGCCCACAUUACAGCGACUACAGCUAUCUGAGAGAGAGGAUUUACAGCAGAGCCACAACUGAUGAGGUUUGGAUUGGCCUGCGUUUCCUGGGAGGGAAGUGGUGGUUGGUGAGUGGAGAGGAGCUCAACCAGGAGAUGCUACCAGAGUGUCCGUCCCAGUGGAACCACUGUGGGACCCUGUCCAAACAUGACACAAACAACUGGAUCACCGGGGACUGCUCAGAGAGAAGAAACUUCAUCUGCUAUAGAGAAAGUGUAUAAACUUUAAAAAGGGGUGGGGAGGAUCAUACAGGGGAUGAUCAAAGAGGGAAAGAUAAUGAUCGAAGCUUUUCAGUGCUCUAUCAUUAAUGCCUGUUUGGUCUGUAAGUUAACAGACUGACCUUUCUGUAAUAUAGGGUCAAGUUCUAUGCUCAUAUUAUUUAUUGAUCAUAUUUGUUGUAAUCAUAAUGUUUUCUUGGUCACAAAAAUUAUAGAUUAUAAAUAGAAUAUACAACAUGGUUCUCUGUGACCAUUUCUUCAAAUGUGCUCUGUGAAACACUUAGUUUCAAAUUUCUAGGCAGAUUAUUCCACUGCUGCACUGUAAAGAAAUGUAUUUUUGCCCAUUAGGAUAUUGACUUAAAAGGUAUGAAAUUAGUGGAGCUCCUUUUGAUGUUAUGCUUAAAGUAAAUGAUUCUUUUUUCCACUGUUUUUUUUUUUCCACUGUCAACCUUUUUGAAAUGUGCAGUGUCUAAAUGUGUUAGUGGACCUUUAAUAUAACCCUGAUCAACUUAUUUUGAGCCUUUUGUGUUGUGAUAAUCCAGUGAACCAGGAGAUGGCAGCAUGAUCAAAAUGACUUUGAACCAGAGCUCCAUGAAACAUUGUCUAUAACAGUUAAUGACAGUCUAUUAAAGUACAGCUGAUGUUCAGAAGAUAUGAAUAUGUAAAAUCAAGAAUUUUAUUAGAAUAUAAAAUGAAUACAACAACAGUAUAUGUUUUAAAUAGCAGUGAAAUAAUUAACCAAACAAUCAGUUAAUGAGUCCUAGAAAAUCAACCAACAACAAGUUUGAUAAUCGAUUCAUCAGUUAAGCCAAUGAACAAACUUGACUAAGAAGAUUCAAAUCCAGUCAUUUGCCUGAAGCCUGAUUUCCCCAUCCAAGCAUGGAGACUGGACAGUUUUGAAUGUAGAAGAUUUGAAUUCAAAGGACCAGAGGCUUUCACUGCAUCACACACAGCUGGAUUUGGGUCCACUUUGUUUUCUUACCCCCCCCCCCCCCCUUUU